CUGAUUCCUUCUCUUUUUCUCUGUAAUAGAAUCACAGCAUCGAGACUCUGUUGUGCUAUAAUUCUGAUUCAGAGAAACCUCAAAGCGCAGUGAAGUCAAUUUCCAAUUUCUGUCUGUAGAAGAACGAGCCACUAUUUCCUUGCCCUUAAUGUUUUUUGUGAAAUUGGUGUUUCGCUGGCAAGGGUUCUAGAUUCAGGAAGCUCGGAGGCCGUUUCCCUGCAUUUCUAUGGUACUUCAUGGAGAAUCAACGGCCUAUUAAAAUUUAUUUGUGUCUGAUGCUCCUUAUUCAUUCGGCCGGGAUUUUGUCUGGUUUUGGUGCUUCUGAUCAUAAUAGUUCUUCAUUUCCAAACGAGGUUGGUAGGCGUAAUCUGAAUGUUGAUUACAAGAGCAACCAAAAUGCUAGCUCCUUGCCAUACUCUCGGAGAUAUCUUAUGGAAUCUUUCUUCGAGAAUCAUGACAGCCUUCUGGAUGCCGAUUCCCAAGAUUUCUUAGCACAUGAACCUUCCCUUGGCUUCUGUGAAGUGCUGCCACUCAAUCAUAGUUCUAUACUCACAAUGUCAAUAUUACAGCGUCAUCUGAUUGGUCAAGGUUCUCAUCGGCAUUUAAUUUCCUCCAUCAAAAUUAAUAUCCAGCCAGGGGCCAUAUCUGAGCUGCCUAGUCACUCCUGCAAAGCCAUAAUCAUUGAGAGACUACCCUCUGGAGUUUUCGCAGACCCAUUUGAACUAAAACAUCUUGUUGAGCGUGGUGUCUUCCUGGAUGCUGCCAUUUUUGGAGACACAAAUUUGGAAUUACCUUCUGCACUUUCCAAUCAAUCGGUUGUUGAGGUUCACAUGAGUAUUGGUCACAACAUUUUAUCAACACAUCAGGAAGGAACAGAGGUGAAGAUUGGACUUCCAUUACAUGCACGAUAUCCGCCUCUUGAUGGAAGCGGCGGUUAUUCAACAAUUCAGAUGGAUCUGCCAGAUCUGUUAAUUAAUUGCAGUGUAGAAGAAAGUUUGCAGCAUCAGAACUGUUUAUGGAAGUCAGUGAGUGAGGGCUCUGAAUUUAGGACCGGCAUUGUGUGGAAAAUACCUUCUGGAAAUUCGGAACAUGCCAAAUUUGUAUCAGCUAUUACUUUUAUCUCAGCCUUAUUAUCUACACUUUUGAUUGUUGUAACAUCAAUAUUUUCUUCACUCAUUGUCAAGUCAAAAAACUUUAAACAUUCAUAAUUUCCUCAACAAUUAAGCUUAUAAUGUUCCAAUUUAUUGCACAAUGUUUUUGAACAUGAGAAAUGAACUUUCUAUUUCAGUUUUA